UUACUGUGGCGUCGCCGCGGUGCUGUUACAAAAAGCAACGGACUAUUUGUAGUCUGUAUUUGGAACGCCGUCGUGUUUGUUUAUAUUUGUGAACUAAUUGUUUAUUCGCUAUGCCCACCAUUAAGCUGCAGAGUUCUGAUGGAGAGAUUUUUGAAGUUGAUGUUGAAAUUGCAAAACAGUCUGUAACAAUUAAGACUAUGUUGGAAGAUUUAGGAAUGGAUGAUGAAGGUGAUGAUGAUCCUGUUCCUCUUCCCAAUGUUAAUGCAGCUAUUCUUAAAAAGGUAAUCCAGUGGUUUACUCAUCACAAGGAUGACCCCCCUCCUCCUGAGGAUGAUGAAAACAAAGAGAAGAGAACAGAUGACAUCCCUGUCUGGGAUCAGGAGUUCCUCAAAGUAGACCAGGGCACUCUUUUUGAACUCAUUCUGGCUGCAAACUAUUUGGACAUCAAGGGCCUUCUAGAUGUCACUUGUAAGACAGUUGCGAAUAUGAUCAAAGGCAAAACUCCAGAAGAGAUUCGGAAGACUUUCAAUAUAAAAAAUGACUUUACCGAGGAAGAGGAAGCACAGGUACGCAAGGAGAACCAGUGGUGUGAAGAAAAAUGAGUUUCUACCUGCUAACACUGACACACUGUAAGGAUCGUUCCAAAUACUGGUUGCACUGCGCUGUUCAUAAUUAUUGCAGUAAAAUAUAGAGCAGCAAAUCACUUGUGCAUUCACGGCAUGAUAAUUCCCAUUGCUUGUUUGGUGCAAAUAAUUUAAAUGCCUAUUAUUCACCCCCUCCUCAUUGUUUCCUUUUUCUUUUUACAAAUGUGUCUGGGUUUGUUUACUUUUUUCUUUAGAAUUGAAAGUGAAGAUUAUGAACCUUUUGAAGGCCCGAACAUUUUUUUUUCUUGUUGCCAUUUUUAAACAUGAGGUUCAUGUUUAACAUUUUACAGGAAACUUCAUUUUUUGUUUGUGUGUGUGUGUACCACAGCUUUUAGAUAGCUAAACAUUGUAAAUAAAACCACUUGCAAAUCCAUCUGUAUGCUGUCCAGUUUCUGACAAUUACAAUAUAAUGAAAUAAAAACAAAACUACUA